AUGUCAAAUCUCAACAAGCUUGACUUUGUCGCUUUGGAAGUUUCCGGAAGGAACUAUCUCAAGUGGACCCAAGAUGUCAAGCUUCAUCUGACUGCAAAUAAGAUGAGAUCAACGAUUAUUGCUGACAACAUCACCCCUGAAGACAUGAAGGCAAGGGCUAUGAUUUUCAUCAGGAAACAUAUGGAAGAAGCACUCAAGGUGGAAUAUUUAGCUGAAGAGGACCCACGAUCUCUUUGGGUCGCUCUAGAAGAGCGAUUCAACCAUCAAAGAGCCAUCUACUUGCCGGAAGCAAGACACGAUUGGCAGAACAUACGCUUCCAGGAUUUCAAGACUGUCAAUGAGUAUAACUCUGAAAUCUGCCGGAUUCGGUCACUCCUAAAAUUCUGUGGAGAAGAGCUCACAGAAGCUGACCUACUGGAGAAAACUUUCUCCACCUUCCCUCCUUCCUGUAUGGUCCUGCAGCAACAAUACAGGGAAAGAAACUUUGCUAGAUUCUCUGAAUUAAUCACCAUCCUGUUGCUCGCUGAAAAGAACAACAACCUACUUUUGAGGAAUGAUCAAGCAAGGCCCACCGGUACUAGAGCAAUUCCUUUGCCUGAAGCAAAUAUUAUUGCCCAUCACGAAAAUAAUCGUGGAAGGAGGAACCGGGGCCGUGGAAGGGGAAGAAGGUCUGAACGUCCAAGGCAUGGACGAAGAAAUGGACCCAGAAAUGGCCCAUAUGACCGCGACCACCCAGGCAAUGGCCCAAGGGGUCGAGGAGGACGUGGACAAGGCCCACGUGGUGGAAACCGAAAUGCCCAAGUCCGACAGGCUCAAAUUAGAGAGAACCCUGGUCCGGCCCGUCGCCCUCAAAAUCAGCAUAAUCUAUGUUAUAGAUGUGGAGGCACUGACCAUUGGUCCCGCACCUGUCGUGCAACAGAUGAAGAGAUAGGAGAGUAUCACGCCAGACGCGGAACUCAAGAGGCCAAUUACCUUGUGGAAGAGUCAGUCCCUAUGGAUACCACCUUGGAGAUUACUGAUUUCCCUAUGGAUACCACCUUGGAAAUUACUGAUUUCCAAGCAGCUAAUGGAUACAUCGAGGAUUGA